AUGAAAGUCUACAACUUCGAGACUUACGCAAAGGUGAGUACUGUGAGUCCCGGUACUGGCAGUGAGAUGGGAGGAUCCACUAUCACCAUCGGCGGAGAAUGGUUUGACUCCACCACUCAGAAUGCGGUAGUCAAUGUUGGAGGGGAGGAGUGCAAUCGACCAGGUGACAUCACGGAUGAAGAGAUUGUCUGCUUGACGCCAGCGAAACCAGCCAACGACAGGGGCAUCUACCCAGGAAACCGCGGUGUGAAUAAGGACUACUGGACCUACGCUGACGCAGCGGCAAUGCCUGCGCUGACUAACCUUCCAACCGGUGACCCUGCAGAGUCUGAGUGGGGAGACAGCAUGAGCUGGGGAGCACGCGAAGGGAGCUUCAUUUCUCGGUCGAAGUUCUUCUUCAACCCACCCAACGACAACACCUACCAGUUCGUGCUGUUUGACUGUAGCAAACCGGCCGACGACUUUUUGCUACGCUUUGAAGAUGAGAGUGGGGAGGUGUCUGAGUGGACCUGUCCAGGCGAAGGCAGAGGCUAUUCACCGAGGAUCCCUCUAGUAGCUGAACACAGCUACUACAUGGAGGCAUGGUACCGCCGUGAUGCUUCGGCCGGGGGAGACAGUGAGUCAGACAAACGUGUAGCCUUUAAGAUGUUUGACACAGACUACGUGGGAGGGCAGAACAUCCAUGCCAGAAACGAGAGACAGAAGAUCAAAAUCGCAUCAACGGUCUUCCGGGAGACACAGGUUGUCAGCAGCUCGGGGUCAGGAUUCACCAUAACGCAUGGUGGAGUCACUACCGAAUCCAUUUCUGCCGGGGCUUCUGCCAGUGACGUCCAAGCGACCCUUCAGGCCAUCUAUCAGAACCAGUGCCCAGAGGAGGUGGCAAACCCUAUCGGAGCUAUCACAAAGUUUGCAACAGACUACGAGGGUCGCGGUGCCCCCUCUUGGUUUACCGGAACAGUUGUGAAAGCUGAUGAGACCGCGCCUUUCUGUGGUGGGAAGUCUCUGAUGAAUCCGACAACGGUGUACAACACAGACCCAGAGAACGAUUACUACCCAAUCAAAAUCUCCAUCGAAAAAACGGUCUGCUUUGCGUACAAAGGAUCGUUGGCGUCGAGGGUCUUCCUGCGCUAUGGGUCUGAAGGCGAGGAGGGAGAAAACUCGGAGUGGUUUGGUCCUAACGAUUACGAUGGCCUGGACUUCUCUGCAAAUGAAGAAUGGCAGUACACUUGCUUGGACUUGCAGGACAUGUUUGCCACUGCCCGCCCUGACGCAACCAAUGUCAUUGUCAAGGAGCUACGGUUUGAUUCAACAAGUGCAGACUCUGACUUCUUCAUCGACAACUUGUUCAUUGGAAAGGCUGAGCCAAUGGCACCUGGUGAUGUGGCAGAUGGAAUCCGCCAGGCAGCCAUGCCCAACGAUGUUGUCAUUGAUGAAGUCCAGGUGGAGACAGUGGCUGGAGGUUACUCUGUUUCCUUUGUUCCCUUCAACUGUGGCUACAACCUUCCUCUCAUGGAAUCUCAGGGUGGAGUGACACGGCAGCAGGCAGGCAGUCCUCCAGUCCAGGGCACUUUUGACAUCAGCUUUGAUGGCCAAACCUCUUCAGUGAAAGCCGAGGCCACAGAGGAGGAGAUGGCCAACAAGCUGAAGCUUGACCUUGGCAUUGAGGCCAAGGUGACCUUGGGAGGAGACUGCUCCGGGCAGAUUUGGGAAGUGGAAUGGAACAGAGCUGGAGGAAACCAGCCACAGAUGGAGUUGGAUGGGGGAAGUCUGACAGGAGAUGAGGUUGAGAUUGAAGUGAAGACCGUGGAUGACGGUGGCCUGUUCUUCUAUGAGAUCCCUGGGAGCAUGACGCGUACCGCCCAUGACACUCCACAGGUGGAAGUACUCAUCAACGGCAUUCCAUCCCGCUGUGAUGGUUCAGGCUGUGGGUUCAGCUGGGCAGCGGACAGGACCCCCACUGUAACGAGCAUCUCACCUGACCAAGGGACUGGAGGAACAGAGGUUACGAUCACAGGGACAGGUUUCAGUACAAACUGUGAUGACAACAGGGUUAGGAUUGGUCGUUCGGAGGAUACGGAGGAAGGCGUGAUGUGUACACCAACCACCUGUACUGAAACCUCCAUCACAUGUACAACUGGAAGUGCUGGCCAGGGAAGUCAGAGAGUGAAAGUGAAGGUGUUGCCCCACGGAGAUGACCCAGAUGCUAACCCCAACGGGAAGGCUUCCGGAGACGUUUCCUUCACCUACCUGGGCGGUAUUACCAGCAUCAGUCCAACUACCUGUGGGCUAGGUGGUGGUGUCGAACUGACUAUCACAGGAAAUGGCUUCGCAGAUGAUGACAUCCCCAAAGUUGGUGAAAACAAUUGUCCCGUUGUCUCCCGUUCCGACACUGAGAUCAAGUGCACGGUGCCAUCAGCGUCGACUGCAGGUUCCGUGGAUGUCACUGUCAGUGGGCCAAACGACGCUGUACUGACCAGUUCUGACCAACCGUCAUGAUUGGAUCGUCCGGUUGUGACGCACAGUCCGUUUCGUACAACGAGAUUUUCUGCACGACCCAGGCAGCGUCCGCCCUGACGAGGGACGUGGUGGUGACAACCUCUUCAGGCAGAGUAGGAUGUGAUGGCGAGUGUCAGUACAGUCACAGAGAUUCUGCAACUCCAAGAGUAGUAUCUGUCGACCCGUCUACUGCAUUUGGAGCCUCUACUGACUUCACCAUCAGUGGAGUCCUCUUCGGGACAGACGCGGAUGCUGUGACAGUGGAGAUUGGAGGCACACCUUGCCAGGUCACCGCGGUGACUGACGGCUCCAUUUCCUGUACGGCAGGGGCCCUUCUUGCAGGCAGUAACCCAGUGACCGUGGUCAACACACUUGGCAAAGCUGCAUCCUCCGCCAGUGUGGACAGCCCGGCACAGAUCGACAGUAUCUCACCAUCUUCUGGCAGCAUGGCAGGUGGUACCGUUGUCACAUUCUCCGGAAAUGGCUUUGGAGAGGACACCACAGUUACCAUGGGAGACGGGAGAGAGUGCACAAUUGAUGGAGAAAUCACCAGCACUGGAUUCUCAUGCAUUACUCCUGCAGCAACCGAAGAGGGAGACCACACCGUUCAGAUGUCUGUGCAGUCCAAUGGAGAGACGUACCCUUCUCAAUCCUUCAACUAUGCAGCAGCCAGCACGCCUGUUGUCUCUGGUAUCACCCCAUCUACGGGUAAAGGUGGGGACACGGUGACCAUCAUUGGGUCACUGUUUGAUGGUCCCUCGAGCUCAAGAAGAAGAAGAAGUAGUGGAAAUGUUGCAGUCUCUGUUGGUAGUGCUCCUUGCCCAGUGACUGCUCUUGGGGGUGGACAACUCCAGUGCACACUUGGGAACAGUGUGGCAGGGAGUGGCUACGCUGUGAGUGUGACGGUCGCAGGAAUGGGUCUAGCAACUUCAUCAGUCACCUUCAGCUAUGCGCUGUCAUUGGACAGUGUAUCUCCAACAACAGGUGGUUCUGCCCAACUUGAUUGCGAUGUUGAAGUUGAGGACAAUGGCGUCACCGCAACACUAUCUGAUGGGUUCACCUAUGACUCUAGCAUGACCCCUGUAAUCGACUCGGUCUCCCCUAGCCUGGGCGGCACCGCAGGAGGAACUACCAUCACAAUCGCUGGCAGUAACCUGGGAGGCAUUGAUAGUGUGGCCAUCGAUGGAAGUACCUGUGACAUCGAGGCAGGGGCGACUGAUACUCAGUUGACAUGUGUGACUGGAGCCCACCAGGGAAGUGUGGAGGCCAAAGUCACAGCAUCUGGUACAAAUGGAAUUGCCACGCAGGACAAUGCAGACUUCUACUACGUGGACAGGUGGUCAUCCGUGUACACCUGGGGCGGGGAACAGGCUGGCUUACCUGAGGCCGGAGACUUCAUCAUUGUUGGGGAGGGACAGACUCUCCUGCUGGACACCGAUACACCUGUACUGAAGAUGGUGCUUAUCGAUGGUAAGCAUGUGGCCCAUACCUGGACCCUGUUGGCUCAGACAGCAGAAGCUGGGUCUGACACUCUGGUCUUGGAACAGGCGGUGUCGUGGGAGGCUGGAGACCGCGUUGUCAUAGCAACCACCGGACAUCGCCACUCCCAGGGGGAGACGGAAGAGAGGGAAAUCCUGUCUGUCAGCAAUGAUGGACGCACAAUCAUGCUCACAGAGAGUCUAGAGUUUGAACACCUGGGUGAGAAGGUAACAGUCGGUGAUGACGGUCUAGAGCUGAGCUUCCAGGCAGAAGUUGGUCUCCUGAGCAGGACUGUCUUGGUGCAAGGCUCCUCAACUGCGUCGGGCUGGGAUGAAACAAUUGAAGCUUGUCCAGAGGGAUUUGACACUGGUAAAACUAUCGCGAGUUUGUGA